AAACCGUUUUGACUGAAACAACAGCUCUAGUGUGUCGUAUGUUGCUCCUUGUCUCUGUUUCGUCCCAAACCAUCUCCAUCGUGACCAAACCCUCGCGAUACAGUAAUAGGAGCUAGCAACGAGAGAUCGCGGCUUACAGUGACCGGAAGCUCCCUUUUUUCUCCUCCUUCCGCUCCGCUCCUACCCGAAAGGAUCGAGGAAGGCAACGAACAACUCAAAGAUGCCAGCAUCUAGAAGGGAGAAACCUAGAAGUCGGCAUCCUGGAUUAACUGCACAGAAGAAACAAGAGAUUAAGGAAGCCUUCGAGCUAUUUGAUACUGAUGGUUCUGGCACUAUUGAUGCCAAAGAGUUGAAUGUCGCCAUGAGAGCAUUGGGAUUUGAAAUGACAGAGGAGCAAAUCAAUAAUAUGAUUGCUGAUGUUGAUAAAGAUGGUAGUGGCGCCAUUGAUUUUGAUGAAUUUAUGUAUAUGAUGACAACAAAAAUAGGAGAAAGGGACACUAAAGAGGAGCUUAUGAAAGCUUUUCGCAUCAUUGACCAGGAUAAUAACGGAAAAAUUUCUGAUGUAGAUAUCCUGAAUAUUGCUAAAGAGUUGGGUGAAAGCUUCACUCUUACCGAGAUAAGGGAGAUGAUAGAUGAAGCCGAUCGUAAUGGUGAUGGUGAGGUUGAUGCAGAGGAAUUUAUGAGGAUGAUGAAGAGGGCAAAUUAUGGGCAUUAAGUCGUAUAUAAUUAUUGAACUUAUAAACCUCCAAAUAAUUCUGUCAUAUAAUUAUCGCCUCUGAAUGUUAUAUAUAAAUCAGCCAUUUUCUGACUUGUAUGUAUAAUUAACUAAACGUGUGCUUAUUGAUAGCUUGAGCUGCUUCAGUAAUUUUA